AUGGCUUCUACCAUGACAAGUCGAGAUAGAUUUAGAACAGAAGGAACCACCACAUUGGAUGACACUAAUCAUUUGUUGUACGAUUUAGAAAGAAAAUUAUCAUUAACUUCCAACACCUCAUCUCAACAAACACACACAUCAUCAGUAGUACAUAGUAGUCAUUUAUUGGGACUAGGGAGACAAAAUAUUCAGAGUCAAGUAUUAAACCAAAUCAUGAACGACGAAGAGUUGAAUAAUCAAGAUGAUAAACACCAAAGAAUCCAUAAUAGUAUUUUCAACCCCGAUGAGAUUUUCCAAGAGAGACAAAAUAACAAAUACAUGACAUCUAAAUUUGCCAAGAAUUACAAUGAUGAUAAUCUAACGAAAAAUCAUAAAUUGAAUAGAAAGAAUUCGUUAAAUAUAUCCAAAUCCAGACUAGAACGAAAUUCAUGUACUUCAGAAGAUAUACAGAAUAAUAAACCACUACCACCAGCACCACCACAACAACAACAGGAGAAUAACGAGUAUGAUAUUAACAAAUCAAUAAGUGGAAUUCAUGAAGUUGAAGAUCCAUCAAUGUUUGAGUCUGAAGAAGAUUUAUUAGCCAAUCAUCUUCAAAUGCCUCAAGAAGUAGAACAUAACAACAACAAUCAAGAAGAACCAAGGUAUGGAAUAUUUUAUGGUGGAGAUGAUUAUGAGGAUUCUGAUUCUGGUGACGAAUCUGAUAGUGAAGGCGAUAUUCCUCUUUCUCCACCAAGAUCACCACCACGAGAUCUAGAUCCUGAUAAAUUGUAUGGUCUUUAUGAUUUUUCUGGUCCUGAUCCUUCUCAUUGUACUCUUCUGGUUGAUGAACCAGUAUAUUUAAUAAAUGAUGAAGACAAUUAUUGGUGGCUCAUUCGAAAAUUGACAAAACUUGAAAGAUUGAAAAGAAUGAGAUUGAAUGGUCAGGAAUUCCAAAUUGAUAUUGAAUCUGAUGAAGAAGAUGGGAAAAUUGGAUUUGUUCCUGCUGAAUGUCUAGAAACUCACGGUGAAAGAUUAGCUCGUUUAAAUUGUUUUAAAAAUGAAGAAUUGGAAAAAAAAUCACCAACACCAUCAUCACUUCAAGAAUCAACUGAUAGCUUUAAAAAUCAACGUCAAACUGCUACUACCAAAAAAUCUGUUACAUUUGAAAAUUUGGGUGAUAUAAUCGACGACUAUUCCGAUGAAGAAAUAAAAAGUGAUCAUGAAAACAUACGACAGAAUUUGGAUCUAUAUAACAAUCUAGAACCACCUACUCAUUUACAAGAAAUUAAAGAACCAGAAGUUUUAAGUGAUGUUUAUCCAGCAGAAACUCCCUUGAUAAUUUCAAAGAAUAACAACAACAAUAAGGAUAGUAGUAAUAAAACAGCUACACCAACGUUUCAAAUGUCAAACACAUUUGAUGCUGUAUUUGUUCAACCUAAACAGAGAAGUAGUGGUUUAUUUGAUGAUGCUUCAAUUGGUUCAUAUUCUCCAGACACCCCUGUUAAAGCUAAAUCUCCAUUAAGAGUAGAAGUUCAAGAUGAUGACAGUGACGAAAUGGGAAGAAAUAAUAGUUUAUCUAGUAUGUCAAGUUUGCGUCGAUCAGUGAUUUUAGACAGAUUAACUCAAAUGACAAGUGACAUACAAGAACAACUACAACUAGAUGGAUACAAUGAAGACGAAGACGAAGACGAAGAAGAACAGGAAGAAGAUGCCGGAGAAGUAGAAGAAGAACUCGAUGAGGACAAGCAUAAGGAGGACGAUGAGACUGAGAAAGAAAGUACCGAUGUUGAACAAGGAAGUAGUAGAGACAGUGACCACGAAGUCCAUGGGUUUUCUUUUGAGGAAUCAAGUGAACAGUUUACUAGUGACGAUGAUUAUGAUGACGACGAUGAUGAUAAUGUGGAACAUCAUAGUCCAAGUAAUGAUGGUAAUGUUGAAAGUCAGGACUACGAUUACCAAAAUGAUGAUCAUACUCCACAACUGAUUGAUCAGCACGAUUAUAGCAAACAUCAACAACAAACACCAACAAACUUUCAUUCAAUUUCAUCAGCCAUUUCUCCAAAACUCCAGAGACUGUUGAGUACAACCCUGAGUUCUGUACAACAUCGUACACCACCUCCAGUCAGUCAACUUACUUCGCCAAAUUCUCAUCGUUCUCCACCACCACAAUCACAUCAACAAUAUGCGGUAUCACCAUUAAAUUAUAAUCGUUUACCAAGAAGCACCACCAGUAUUGAUGAUGAAACUAGUAGUACAGAAGAGAAUAAUGAUGAUAAUAUAACCCCAUUAACUAGCAUGAAUUCAUUAACACCAAUUGAAGAAAGAAGAAAACUGAAACCAGUACAUGAAAUGUUUAUGCCAAUCUUGGGUAAAUUUGAUGAACUUGCUGAAAAGUUGGCAGAAUUGGAUGAUAUACUUUAA